AUAUGGAUUCGAUUGUCAUUCCAGUGGACAAAGCAACUGUUCACCUCGAUAAAUCACUCAAGGUUUUGGGACUUCACACUGAAGCUAGAACAUCAUUCAUAAGGUGCGCAACUAUGCGCUACCUUGGGCUGUUAAAUCAUAAACACGUGACUAAAAUUGACAUGGUACACAGCUACUCGCUACUAUCUAUCCUUAAGCACGAAUACAUGCGGCCAUUGCCCUCUGACUUGUUCCUCAAGCGGCAUACGAACGCGCCGCUUCUUUAUGCAUUUCUCCGCAGCCUGAUGUCGUGACUCGCGUAUGCAUGUUGUUCAAAGGUAUCUGUAAGGAGCGCCUAGCAAAUUGGGCUAAUGCACAAAUACAAGCAGAGAAGGACGUUGAUUGGUGGAUAGAUGUAGUUGGAGUCGAUCCUGUAAGAACUGGUGAUGUGACUUUGUUCAGGCUGUUAGAAUGGGGCGGGAUAGAGGUUCUCAUUCGAUAUUCUAUCAGUUCACUCGAUUUGUGUCAAGGUAUUAUCGCGUGUUGUCUUGAUUAGUUUUGCAUCUGACAGUUGUGAAGAGAACGUGAGCUCGACGGUGUCCGCGAAAUAGAUGC